AUGUCGGUCAUACAUCCCGUCAAGGGCAAAUCUGCCAUAGUCACUGGGGCUGGCUCGGGGAUCAACCUCGCAUUUGCAACAUUACUCCUGGAAAACGGCUGUAACGUUGUGAUAGCAGAUCUUGCCCUGCGUCCCGAAGCGCAAGCCGUUGUCAACAAAUACAACGGUCGUUUGGGGUCCGCUAGGGCUGUGUUCCAGAAGACGGAUGUUACCGUAUGGACUCAGUUGGAGGAGUUAUUUAUAAUUGCCGAAAAAGAAUUCACCGAAAUUGAUAUUGUCUGUCCUGGUGCAGGGGUUUAUGAAGAGCACUGGAGCAACUUCUGGAGGCCACCAGGUACACCCGAAAGUCGCGACGAAAAGCUAGGAGGUCGAUAUCGUUUGGUUGAUAUCAAUCUGACCCAUCCGAUUCGGGUGACUCAGCUAGCGAUUUCGCACUUUCUGCAACACCGGAGAUUAAACAAUCGUAAGCACAUAGUUCACAUUUCAAGCAUAGCUGGACAGAAACCCUCAAUCGCAGCACCUAUCUAUGUGGCGACGAAGCACGCAGUGAGUGGGUUGGUACGAUCUCUGGAUAAGUUGGAUGGGAAAUUCGGUAUUCGAGUCACAGCGGUAGCACCUGGCUUGAUCAAGACGCCGCUAUGGACGGAGCAUCCAGAGAAGCUCAAGAUGUUCGACGAGAGUCAGGAUGAAUGGGUGACGCCCAAAGAAGUUGGCGAAGUCAUGUUAGCUCUUGUUCAACAAGAAGAAGUAAGCGAGAUCAUUGGUGAUAAGAACAGAAACGGGACGCUCUUUCCUGUCGAAGGUGGCACCAUUCUAGAGGUUUCUAAAACUGUCAGGGCGGUGCAUCCAUAUAACGACCCCGGUCCAACCAACCGGGCUGGGAAUACAAUCGCCAAUGCGGAGGCUCUUGAGACUGAUGUCUUUGGCCUGCUGUCCGAGGCGGGCUGGGGGAAAGCUAAGCUAUAA